AUGGAAUCGUUUGUAACUCUGAUAGUGAAAGCACCAAAUCAACAAAUUGAGGAUCAGAUGAUCAAGUGCGAACCGUCAUGGACUAUUCAAAAAUUAAAACAACACUUAUCAGAAGUCUAUCCAAGCAAACCCCCUAAGAAUGAACAGAAACUAAUCUAUUCGGGACAACUCCUGACAGACACAGUCACAUUGAAAGAAGUCCUUAGACAGUAUGAAGGCCAGGAAACCCAUACAGUACACUUAGUAUGUUCUUCUAAAUAUACAAAGAAUGUGCAGUCAGAACCUACGCCAGUAACACAAGCUAGUUUACCAAAUAAUCCUAAUGAAACAACAGGUACAGGGACAGGUACUCCAAGUACACCAAUCACACCAAAUAUCACAAGGGAACCUAGCACACCUAAUAAUGUUCCUCCAAACAUGCCUUGGGGUAACUUAAACAGUCCCCAGCUCAACAUCACUGACCCUAAUCAAUAUGCCAUGCAAUUAGCCUGGAUGCAACAGGCCUAUUUUCAGUAUAUGACCCAGUAUAUGCAACUCGCCGCGAACUCGUACGGCGCUAACCCGCAACCGGCGCCCCCUAACGCCGACCCGCCCGGCCGGGGACCCCCGAACGAGGGGGCCCCGGCGGCCGCGGAGCCUGAUGGCCCGCCCGCAGCCCCCCGCGACCCCGACCACCCCGAGCGAGACUGGCUGGACGUGUUCUACAUGCUCAGCAGGGCGAUGGUGCUCUUCAGCGUGGUCUACUUCUAUUCCAGCCCUGUGAGGUUCAUCUUCGUGCUGCUGCUGGGAGUCGGGAUGUAUUUGUACCAGAUAGGGUUCUUCAGGAGCAUGAACGCGGUGAAUAACAAUAAUAAUAACGGGCCCCAGCAGGAGGCGCAAGUGGAGGAGCAGGCGCCUAGUCGGUUCAUGGUGGUUUGGACUUUUUUCGCGACUUUUUUCGCUUCUUUGAUUCCCGAAGUGCCGAAUGCGAUUUAG